CACAAGAUAAAAUAAAUAAGCAUAAAUAUGGGUUGUAUUUACAAUGGUGUGUGUUCUUCACUGGUUGCCCUUUUCUCGUGGCAACAGGUCACAAAUCUUGCUGCUCUCUCUCUCUCUCUGACACAAAAAGCUUCCUGUUUUUGUGUAUAUAAGUUGGAUUUGUGGUUGAAAUGUAAUAUUUGAUCUUACAGAUGUUGUUUAUAGGGGUAUGAAUACAUUUGCAAGGGAUUACAGCCCCAAUGGGCCCUGGUUAAAAGUUGUGCACUAUAUAUAGGAUGCCAUUUAGGUUGAUUCCCAUCCCCUGUCCCUGGCCUUGACUCCAGACUCAAACCUUAUUGAUUCAAUAUAUGUAGGGAUGGACACCGGUUCUGCUCUGGUUCCUUCUCACUCUCUUUUCGCCGUCUUUGAUUAUGUGGGUUUUUAUGUGCGCCAAACUUGGUGCAAAACCACGCCCACGAGUAGCCGAGCAAAAGCCGCGCUGAUUGGACAGCUUGUUCUGACGUUCCUUUUCAGGAAGUAAACGCGACAUUUUCGGGUUUGCUAUAUAAGCUGGUAUCAAAAAUAAGAAAAGUAACUCCUAGCGACAUCAACAGACUGCAAAGCGUUAUUGAUUUACCUCGCAGCCAGUGGACUGAAGAUUGUCGACACUGCUGGAAAUAUUUUCAAGCUAUUAUCUAGCAAGUUUACAUUUGCAAGUAGCUAGCUAGCUAUCGAGUGUGCUGCUGUGUUGAGACGGACAACCAUCAUCAACGGUAUUGCUAACGAACGUUAACCUCAACUAAAGAGCUUUCCCCGUUAUCUCGUGCGCUACCGUCGCCGCUCCAAUAUGCCUCGCGAGUGCGCUGUUAAAACGUGCGACAACAAGCAAAAGACUUGGUCGGCUCUAAUGUUUCACCGACUUCCACUGAGUCAUCCGGACCGAUUGAAACUGUGGCUGAUUGCUCUGAACAAAGAUGCUAAUACCGCGACCGACGACCUCAGAAAGUUACUCGUUUGCUCGGAACAUUUUCUACCGGCGGACUAUUACGAGAAGCUGGGACAGGACAGACACAGCAGGAUGAGAAUCAUGAAAAGUUUCCUGAAGGAUACGGCGGUGCCGUCGGUGGCCGUUCACACGCCAGGACAACGUGGAAUAAUUUCGGUUGAGACGGGAGACGUACCUCCAGGGACUGACUCCCUGUCUGCUGGAGGGGCAUCUGGUCCCACCCCACAACGUGGAGGGUCAGGUGUUGCUACGGCUACGACGGGGUUCCUCUCCCACCAGGGUCUGCAGCUGCCUGCUUCAACCUCUGGGGCGCACGUGGCUCUGGCUCCCACCUGUUCACUUAGUGAGGACCUCCCCUCUACGACGACAACGGGAGACGCAUGCAGAAGGAAAAAAACAAAGACCAACGUUCCUGUGACGCGCAGGAAGAAAGGUCAAAUGGACGCAGCCGUUAAGAAGACUUCAGUGAAGGACUGUACCAGUAUGAGCUCUGCUGCUGGUUCCACCUCCAUCCUCUCCACCUCCAGCCCCUCCACCUCCAGCCCCUCCACCUCCAGCUCUAACAGUAGGGUGUCGUCAGGCGAACCGGACGGAGGAGGAGUUUGGAGCGAUAGGAAAUGGAUCGUGAACGAGUCGAAGCUCAAGGAGCUUUUCCAGACGUGUCACCAGUGCGGCGCUGCGUUGCGUAAUCGGACCAUAACCGCGUUGGGCUACAGCCAAAUCAAAGUCACAUGGACUUGUCCCGAUGAGCACCGAGGAGAGUGGCAGUCGUGUCCCGACGCGUUCGGUAUCGGUCACUACCUGCAGACGGUGGGUUACAGAGUGUUGCUGGACUCCAUGAAUAGUCAGUUUGUAAGUCACGACUAAGUAUCUACUACAGUGUUUGUUAUCUAGCAAAUACCAGGGUCGUAGUAGCCUCCUAUUAGCAGACUGAUGACCUGCUGCCAGACUGAUGACCUGCUGCCAGACUGAUGACCUGCUGCCAGACUGAUGACCUGCUGCCAGACUGAUGACUGCGGAGCAAAACACAAUGGAAACUUACAGGACUUGACUGGAUGUACUGGGUUGAGGGGUACUUCACUAUGGAUGUACUGGGUUGAGGGGUACCUCUCUAUGGAUGUACUGGGUUGAGGGGUACCGCUCUAUGGAUGUACUGGGUUGAGGGGUACCUCUCUAUGGAUGUACUGGGUUGAGGGGUACCUCUCUAUGGAUGUACUGGGUUGAGGGGUACCACUCUAUGGAUGUACUGGGUUGAGGGGUACCUCUCUAUGGCUGUACUGGGUUGAGGGGUACCUCUCUAUGGAUGUACUGGGUUGAGGGGUACCUCUCUAUGGAUGUACUGGGUUGAGGGGUACCUCUCUAUGGAUGUACUGGGUUGAGGGGUACCUCUCUAUGGAUGUACUGGGUUGAGGGGUACCGCUCUAUGGAUGUACUGGGUUGAGGGGUACCUCUAUGGAUGUACUGGGUUGAG